GGGAGAAAUGGACUGGUGUUAGUGGGAUCCGUUUUUGCGCGCGCUUGACCGCGUGUGGUCAACCAGCCAUUACUACACACAAAAGUGUCAUACGAGAGGCCCGGUUGCUCACGGAUAUGGCCCAUGGCGCCAUACGUGGGCCGCGCGGGCCACCUGCUGGACAGCCCUGUAGAAUUUACAGGAACGUACCACUCGUCUGUUGGGGCACUUGGCGGCAAAACAUUUUUUUCGGUACAAAUUAAAAUUCCAUCACAUUUUCGAAGAAUAUCAUUAACUAAGUACUUACCUAUCGUGCGCUAUUUAAAAGACGCCUCGCGGGAAGGUACAGGGGAAAGAGGGGUCUUUCGCUGUGUGUGUCGCGUGACAUGACGGAAUUAGAUAUGCAACUUCUUCGACCAAUCACACAGCAGAGCUACAAACAUAUUAGAUUUUGACCACUCAGACCCGCAUUCCUUGUACCGGUCGUCUUUCAAACAAUGGGCUGUACUUACCUUGAACUUUCUUGAUGAUUCGUUCGUCAAACUAGUUUGAAAGAUAAAUAACAGUAAAAAAAAACAAACAAAAGAAAAUAAUCACGGAACCUACAUGAAUUUGAAUAUUGAUAGUCAUCCUUAUGACUGAAGUGUUAAGAGGAAUGAAUGGAAAAUUGUAUUUAAUCUUGUCUAAUUAUAUAUCACAACAGCGAUGUAUGAUACACGUGUGAGCCGUUAAUGUUCACUUUACACAAACUUUUUACUAUUUACGAAAAUGCAGUGGACAAAUUUUCAAGGAUUUCUUGGAAAAUUAAGAAGGUUUGAUUCGUCGAUUAAUCGUCGAUUAAGUAACAGAUAUGGCAAAUUCGUAUACGGGCACGACGUAGAAGCGGCCAAAAAAAAUGGUCAACCAAUUGUUGCCCUAGAAUCUACUAUCAUUACCCAUGGGAUGCCUUAUCCUGAUAAUUUAAAAACAGCUAUCAAAGUUGAGAAUGCUGUUAGAUCAAAAGGUGCUAUGCCAGCAACCAUAGCAGUUUUGAAAGGGCAGGUACACGUUGGAUUGAAUCAAGAGCAAUUAGAAGUUUUAGCUCAACCAAAUUCUAUAGAUACUGUUAAAUGUUCGCGCAGAGACAUAUCUUUCAUUUCCUCACAAAAACUCAAUGGAGGAACAACUGUUAGCGCUACCAUGUUGUUGGCACAUUUAUCAAAUAUUCCCAUAAUGGCAACAGGAGGAAUCGGUGGUGUUCACCGUGAGGCAGAAUCAACAUUUGAUAUUAGUACAGACUUAUUGGAACUUGGACGUACUCCUGUGGCUGUUGUUUGCUCAGGCGUUAAAUCCAUUUUGGAUAUUGAAAAAACAUUAGAAUAUCUGGAAACACAAGGAGUCCCUGUUAUAAAGAUUGGUGAAACAGAUCUCUUUCCGGCAUUUUACUGUAGAGAAACAUUUCAAAAUACAAAAGUAUCGCAUAAAGUGUCUACACCGAAAGAAGCAGCAGAUGUUCUGAAGACUCAAAUAGAAUUAGGUCUUCGAACAGGAUUAUUGUUUGCUAUUCCCAUUCCUGAAAAGUAUGCAUUGGACACAAAGGAAAUGGAAUCAGCUAUAAACAAAGCUCUGGAAGCUGCAAAACGCGAAGGCAUAACUGGAAAGAAUGUAACUCCAUUCUUGUUAGAAGAACUAAAUAAAAUUACACAGGGUCAAUCUCUUCGAGCCAACAUGGCACUCAUAGAAAAUAAUGCAAACGUGGCAGCAGAGAUAGCCAUAAAUCUCACAACAAGGCAUCAAUUUUACACCAACGACUCUGUAUCCGGUUGUUGUCUAACAGCGAAACAAAAUCCGGUGGUGAUUGGAGGGGCUAUAAUGGAUACUACCCUGCAAGUGAAGGAAUCCGAGAUAAGAGACGAUGGCAGAACGCAUGCCGGUAGAAGCCGAGAAAGUUGCGGCGGGGUCGGGCGAAAUGUCGCCAACGCCUUGAUCAACCUCGGUAUGAGCGCGACGCGGUUGAUAUCCGUCGUUGGCAACGACCAGCCCGGCAAAGCUAUAAUUAAAAGUCUAGGAGACGGCGGCUGGACCGUCGAGCGGUUCCCGAACAUGUCUACGGCUAGAUGUACCGUGAUAAUCGACUACAAAGGCGAGUGCCGUUUCGUGAUCGGCGAGAUGGACGUCUUCGCCAACAUCAGUCCCAGUUUCGUGAAGAAAUAUCGGACGCACGUGGAAAACGCUAGCUUCAUUGUUCUCGACGGGAAUCUACCUUUGGACACGGUUAAAUACGUUCUGGACUUGGCGACGCACUCGAAAAUUCCAGUUUGGUACGAGCCCACGGAUCUGAAGAAAGCAACAAAAAUAUUUGAAACAAACUCCCAGUGGCAAAAUGUUCUUCACUUUAUAUCUCCAAAUAGGAAUGAAUUAAGAGCAAUUGGAAAAUAUUUUGGAAUAUCAGUGCCUGCAGUUGAGUCAAGUUUCGACUUAGAAGAAGUAAAAGCGAUUGCAGAACAAGUAGCUGAAUUUGUCCCAGUAGUUAUAAGUACACUGGGUUCACAAGGAGUAUUGGUUGUUCGUAAAGCUCUGGGAAACGAGCCCUUUUACGAUAAAGAAGGCAAACUGAUUUCGCAUACCGCGACUACUUCACGUUUGUAUCUACCGUUAUCCUAUACUUCUGAUGAUUCGAAUGAAACAUUCAAUGUAAGCGGUUGUGGAGAUUGUCUCACAGCAGGAAUAAUUUGUGGAAUUCAUAAAAAUAUGAUUGAGACUGAUUGCCUUUCUUUAGCUCUAAAGGCAGCUGCACUUUCAUUGACAUCAUUAGAUGCAGUUCCACCUUCAUUGUCAAUGCUAUGCAAUGAUACUAAAUGUUAACAAAUUGAAAUACUAGAAGAAUGUUGAAAAUCUUAGAUAAUACUGAAGUUAUUUUGAUAGCAAGAGAAAUUUUCUUAUAACUCUGCUAUUGUUAUGUAUAUUACUUUUAAAUCUAUUUUUGUAUUAAUAUCUUAUUUCCCAAUAUUUGACUGUUAAUUAUCUUAUUUUGAUAUGUUGUUAUCAGCUUCCUUCUUCUCCCAUUUAUCAACGAAUUCUUUAACUUUGAAUUUCCGUUUACAUCCCUCAUAGUUCAUGUAUCUUAUUUUUCCAAAUAUACUCCUUUCUGUCCAACCAUGAUCAUGGACACCACAUAUAGACCAUGCACAACCUACAAAAACAAAAUGUACAUUUUUAAGUUUUUAUAUCAUAUGCACAAAAUAAAUAUGACACACACCUACAUAGCCAUUAGGGUCACAACCAUCUAUGCUAUACUUAUUAUUCAAAUAAUUGGCCCACUCUAAAGCAUUUUCAGGUGUCUCAGCCCAUUCUAAUAUCUUUUUUGCCCAGUACAUUCUCAAAAAUCCAUGCAUUUUUCCUACUGUUAUCAUUUGAUUUUGACAUGCAUUCCAUAAAUCAUCAUGGGUCUCAGAAUUUUCCAACUCAUUCAAAGUAUAUACAUACGUUCUUUUAUCUUUCCUAUGUACAUAUAUAACAAUAUCAGUAGUAAAACACAAGAGUAUUUUCUAAUAAAAUAAAUGAAAAAGAAUACCGAUGUUUAUUUAGUGUUUCUAUUGCCCAUGCAUAAGCGCCUUCUACAACAUCGUAAUUCUCGUUAUAGAAGCAAAAAUUAUCGCUAAGUUCCCGUCGAACAAUAGCUUCUUCCAUAAAAGAUUCAACUGAUUUCGAAUAUAAUUUUUUAUAUUCUUGUACUUCCAAAAUGCAACGCUGCACAGAUAUCAUGCCAAAGUGAAACCAAGGAGACAAAUUGCUAGUAGCAUUCGAUAAAGGAUCAUUACGUUCAGUUGCAUAUCUUUUCAAACGAUUUUGUAUAAAACUCUCCAGUUCUUUAAUACCAUUUUCAUAUCCUGGUUUUGCCCAUUUGAUUUCACCUACUGCUGAAUCUACUUCUAUAUUUUCUAAUGCUGUUUCCCAAUUGUUUUCUUUGAAUCUUCCCUUUGUGAGAUAUGGGUGUCUUAUAGCAGGUGGAAAUUCCACUAAAAAUUCCUUCAAUCUUGUAUUUAUUUUAUUUCUAAUUGUUCUAGCUGCAAAUUCCUGUUUUUCUGAAGCUUCCCAGCAAGGCACAAUAUUAUGUGCAUCUACCUUGAAUAGUAAAUACACCAAAGUGA